AUGUACAACGGCGAUUCAGUAUGUUUGCCGAUGUACAACGGCGAUUCAGUAUGUUUGCCGAUGUACAACGGCAAUGCAAACUUGGAGAGCUUCGGCCAUGGAAUUUCUCAUGUGGGCGAAGUUCUUCACGUUCUCCUGGCGUUUGUCAAUCAGCGCUCCCAUGUAUAUGUGUGUGACUUCGUGUGUGACUUCGUGCCAUUGAAUGUGGAGAGUUUUGACCAUGGAAGUUCUCAUGUGGGCGAAAUUCUUCACAUUCUCCUGGCGUUUGUCAAUCAGCGCUCCCAUGGUUCGUCUCCUGUGCUGUCGGAGCAGGAUGGAAGGCUGUCACCGAAUGCAAUCGAGAAGUACAGGAAGGAUUUCUGGGAGAAGCUUCUACAACUUGAAGCAGAAGGUGUAACGGAGGAAUUGCCUUACGUAACAGAACUACACGUCGAGGAACCUGAGGAAGUUGUCAAAAGGCGAAUUUCAAAGAUGAAGGAGCAAGAGAAUGUUCCUGAUGAAAAAGAUAGGUACAAAGUGGAUCUUUCUGUAAUGCACGGCAACCGACUCCCACUUUUGCUGACAUCAUUGAAAGGAAGAACAUGGUUCCCAGGGAUAACGUCACCAUUCUACUUCUUGGGAGCCAGGGGUACAGCAUUUGCCAUGCAUUGUGAAGACAUGGACUUGGUUUCGAUCAACCUAAGCCUCGGAGGUUACCCAAAAAUUUGGUACGGGAUUCCAAUGGAACACUUGGCGCAGUACGAAGCAGUACUGAAACUUCAUCUUGGUGCAGGUGCUUGUGAUGUGCCAGCAAGACACAAGCACUUUUUAUUUGCGGAGGGUUUCCUGCACAAAUACGGGAUCAAACCUGUAAUAGCUGUCCAGCAUCCUUGGGAAAUGAUAGUAACAUUUCCUAAGGGACAUCACGGUGGCUUCAACACAGGCUUCAACUGGAAUGUUGCAGUAAAUUUUGCCCCUGAAUUUUGGGUUGAUUACGGAAUAGCAGCUGUGAACUGCUCUUGUGAAACUGCGGUAAACAUUCGAUUUUCAAUGGAACCUUUUGUUCGACGUUUACGACCAUCUAUGUACAAAGACUGGCUGUUUGGAAAGAUGACCCAAACCCCUGAUGAGUGGACGCAAAGACGGGAUUUGAGAGCGUGUGGGCUGAGUAACAAACAUGUAAAAACCCCAACGCUCAGUGAUUUGAAACUCACAAAAAUACCAAGAACCGAAGCUGCCUGGGCAUUAGCUGAGGACGUUUCACCGACAGAGGUGCAUCUACUACGUUUGCUACAGGAGAGAAUCAAGUUCUUGGAUGGAAAGGUCACAGAUCUGUUGGGUCGUGGGCCGAACAAACCAGACACAGUGUCCUGUGAUCUCCUAGAUGUCAUUCAGGAAGAAGCAGAAAAUCGGAUGAUACGACGACUACAGGGUGCAAUGUUGAAAGUGAAGCGGAAAUCGAAAAAGAGAAGACGUCAAAUUGAAGAAUCAACUGAAAUUGAAGAAAUCAAUUUGACAGAACUUCGCCGGGAAUGCGUGAAUAUAGUCAAAGUUGAACAAGAUAAUGAGCCACGGACGGAAGAUGACAUCGACACGGAAGUCGUCAGCGUAGAUUCAAUGGAAGGAAUUGUUGAAGAAGAGACCGUGCUUAAGGGAAUUUCUUCAGAAAGUGUCCAGGAUGUGCCAGCGUCAGAACCACAUGAAGAUGUUCACCGGCUAUUGAAAGUCGGAAGGGAAGCGUCCAUUGAAAAAGGCGAGAAAUAUAAUAUCGUGGUUAAUGAAGAGAACGUCAAUAACGCAUCAACCUUGUCAGAAGCAUUACAGGAGGUUCUGGACGUACAAUCGCUGGACGGACAUUCUACUUCAUCAAGCAAAGAUCUCCGUGAAAGUGUUCCGGUCGGAAACGUGAUGGAUGGUGAAGAACGUAAGGGGAAGAAGAAAUUAAAAAGUCAAAUCAGCGACAAGUGCAAAUCUGCGAAGGGAAAUGAUAUACGCGAGGAUACCUCAAACGAUUUAUUCACGGAAUUUACACCACUGAGGUACACAACGGAGAAGAAGAAACCUACUGCAUCAACGAAGUUUAACAUGCCUUUGUCUGAA